AUGGCAUCUUCAGCACUAUCAUGUUGGCUUCUCCUCAUCUGGACCUGCUUGGGGGUCUACCUUGUGCACUCUGAUCCCAACUAUGAAACAUAUUACUUUGACCAGCAGAUCGACCACUUUGGUUUUGCUGAGGACUCCACAUUUAGACAGCGGUAUCUGGUGUCUGAUACGCACUGGAAGAAGCCUGGCGGCCCCAUCCUCUUCUAUACUGGCAAUGAGGGCGAUAUCACUUUGUUCAGCAAUAACACAGGCUUCAUGUGGGACAUAGCGGAGGAGCUUGGUGCCAUGCUGGUAUUUGCUGAACACCGCUACUACGGUGAAUCAAUGCCUUAUGGUAACCUGUCCUAUAGUGACCCUGUACAUUUGAAUUAUCUGACCUCAGAACAGGCUCUCGCAGAUUUUGCUGUUCUCAUAAGGUUUUUUUAAAGAGAGUUUGGAAGCCAAGCACAGCCCAGUGAUCGCUAUUGGGGGGUCCUAUGGUGGAAUGCUGGCAGCCUGGAUGAGAAUGAAGUAUCCGCAUGUUGUAGUGGGGGCUCUGGCUGCUUCGGCUCCAAUCUGGCAGUUUGAGGAUUUGGUUCCUUGUAACCUAUAUCAUCAAAUUGUCACAAAUGACUUUAAGAAGAGUGGAUCUGGAUGUGCUGAAAGCGUAUCAAAGUCCUGGGCUGCCAUAAACCGUAUGGCAGAGACGGAUGAUGGCAUCCGAUGGCUAUCAAGCACGUUUCACAUGUGUUCUCCACUUAAAUGCAAGGAGGAUGUGAUGGCGAUGAAAAGCUGGAUGUCUGAUAUUUGGAUAAACCUAGCCAUGGUGGACUAUCCAUACCCCACCAAUUUUCUGGAGCCAUUGCCGGCCUGGCCAGUUAAGGAAGUAUGUAAGCAACUGAAGAACCCCAACCUUGAUGACAAGAAACUGCUGCAAAAUAUUUUUCAGGCAGUUAAUGUGUAUUUUAAUUACACCGGGAAGACGCCUUGCCUCAACACCUCUCAGACCGCUGUGGGCAGCCUCGGUGAUCAUGGCUGGAAUUACCAGGCGUGCACAGAGAUGGUGAUGCCAAUUUGCCCUGAUGGAGUUGGUGACAUGUUUGAGCCCCAAAAGUGGAAUUUCGAUGUCUAUUCAGAUGACUGCUUUAAACAGUGGGGAGUGCGGCCUCGUGAAAAAUGGAUCACAACCAUGUAUGGUGGGAAGAACAUCAGUUCUGCCAGCAACAUCAUCUUCAGUAAUGGUGAUCUAGACCCAUGGUCGGCUGGAGGAGUCAAGCAGAGCCUCAGUGAUUCGCUGGUCGCCAUUCUUAUACGGGAUGGAGCUCACCAUCUGGAUCUACGCUCCAAUAGCGCUUAUGACCCGAAGUCCGUGAUCGAGGCUCGCGCUCUGGAAGUGGCUUACAUGAAGAAAUGGAUUAAUGAAUUCAGACAACAGUUGAACAUUCAGGACUUAUAA